ACCCUCCGGGGCUUAUGUUCACCCACUUCUGUGGUUGUCUCCUGUCUUGCACCCCACAAACUGGUGGAGAAUGCGGGCAUAUUGACGCGAGCCAGACACCCAGGAAGUAAUAAUCUUGUUUGUGAUUGUCUAUCCCACUUCCGGGUGACGAAAAGAUGGAGGAGAUCCUUCGUCGUUUGAGGGACCUGAAUAUCAGCCAACAGUCUUUCAAUGAACAGAUGGCAGUGCGACAGGAGAGGCUAGAGCAAGCUUUCACACACAUCGCUGAAACCGCCGUUGGGGGAACGCCUUCCGCGGACCACCGUGCCGCCGCCCAUCAUUAUCUAACCAAGCUCGGAGAAGCCGAUGACGUCGAAGCUUUCCUCCACACUUUUUAGGUAAUCGCAAUCUGGGAGGCCUGGGAUAAAGCCAAGUGGGUGAAAAUCUUAACGCCGUUUCUGACCGGAGAAGCCCAGUGGGCGUAUUUUUCUCUACCAUCCCCAUUGAAAGAGAUCUAUGACGUUCUGACAGAGGAAAUCCUUGCCCGUGUCGGCAUUUCUCCAACCACGCCGGCACAGCAGUUCUGGGAUUGGUCGUUCCAGAAGUAGGGACCCGUCCGCACUCAAGCAGCACAGCUCACACGGUUGGCACAAAUCUGGCUCCUCCAGGGGAACCCGUCGGCCUCGCAGGUUGCUGAGAGGGUGGUGAUCGACAGACUGUUGCGUGCGCUUCCUAGAUGGCUGAGAGGCCCAGUGUGUAUGAGGAACCCCGGAACAUACCGAGAGGCUGUAGAAGCGGUGGAAUUGGCCGAAGCGGCAAAUGCUCGGGACAUGGGAGAGAGAGCAGCGGACCCAGCCCGGAGGGUGAUACCAUCAUGGCGGCGCAUGGAGGUUACCUCGCGACCAGUAGAGAGACCAGCAACACACUCUCCUCAUGAUGAGCCCAUGCCGACAGAACCGGCAACCCCAGGGCCCUCAGGCAUGGCUAGCCGGAUGUGUGGGGCCAAUGGAACCGCCCCGGGAUGCACCAAAGAGGACGGUCCGUUUGGAUGGAAGAAGGGUCACAGCAGUGUUGGACUCUAGUUCAAAGUUCUUUGGUCCAGCCAAAGGGGAAGAUGGUUAUCCCCAUUACCUGUGUUCACGGGAUACUCGCAGCGUCCCAGCCCGACGGGUGACUAUAACAGCCGGAUCCUGGCCCUUGGAGGUCGGGAUAAUUCAGGACUUACCCGUUCCGGUUCUGCUUGGAAGAGACUGGCCAGGUUUCGAAAGGCUGUUGACUCAAGCAGUGCAACCAGUGAGCACGCAGAGACGAAGCCAACGCCGGCCAGUGAUAACCAAGGGGCCACCAAGACGUAUUGCGAUGUUAGCCACCGAGAGCGAGCGGGAGGGUGAGUCAGAGAAUCGUGUCAAUAACCUGUUCUCCGAUUUGUACCAUCAGGUAAACAUAGGAGGGUCGUUUGGAAGAGAACAAAGGGAAGACGACCGGUUAAGACACAGCUGGUCCCAAGUCCGGAUGGUGGACGGAGAAGUCCGCCAGAACCCACCUCACCCACUUCCAUACUUCACGGUACAAAGCGGUCUGCUCUACUGUGUCGCACAAAGGAGGGGGGAGGAAAAACAGCUCCUGGUAGUCCCAAAAUCCAAGGUGAACCCCAUACUGGAAUUGGCCCAUACCCACCCCUUUAGCGGGACACUUAGGAUCGGUCAAUACCGCUCAGCGCAUCAGGGACCGAUUUCAUUGGCCAGGCUUAGACGGAGAUAUGAAGCGGUUUUGCCAAAGUUGCCCCACCUGUCGGGUAACUUUGCAAGUAAACCUCCCCCAGUCCGCUUAUUCCUUUGCCCAUAAUCGAGGUACCCUUCAACAGGAUUGGGAUGGAUCUGGUAGGCCCGUUGUCCAAAUCAGACCGGGGGCACAAACACAUCCUCGUUAUCGUGGACUACGCCACCCGGUAUCCAGAGGCGGUGCCCUUACGGAAGGCGACUGCGAAAGCCAUUGCCAAGGAGCUCAUAUUAUUCUUCAGCCGGGUGGAAAUCCCACGAGAGACCCUGACGGACCAGAGAACCCCGUUUAUGUCCCGGUUGAUGGCGGAUCUCUGCUGCCUCCUGAAGGUAAAACAACUUCGGACGUCCAUAUAUCAUCCUCAAACAGAUGGGCUAGUAGAGCGUUUUAAUCAAACGUUGAAGAGGAUGCUCCGACGGGUGUCAGCAGAGGAUGGGCGCCAUUGGGAUCUGAUGCUACCCUAUGUGCUCUUUGGCAUUCGCGAGGUGCCUCAGGCCUCCACGGGUGCUGGAUGUUGCCCGCGAGGCCUGGGAACAACAACCAGCACCCAGCACCCUAUCGCAGUGUCAUAGAGCAAGUACAGCAGAAGAGGAACCCUAUCGACCGAGUAAUGCCCCUAGUAAGGGAGCAUCUGGCCGAAGCCCAGCGCGCCCAAAGCCGCCUAUUUGACCGCUCUGCACAGCCCAGAGUGUUCACACCAGGAGUAUUGGUACAGCAUCCAAGUUUCUAGCCGUAUGGAAGGGGCCGUAGCCUGUGCUGGAGAGAACGGGGCCGUUCAACUACCGCAUCUGUCAGCAGGAACGACGAAAGGAAGACUAAAUUUACCAUGUCAACCUAUGAAGUGGGUAGCAACCCUAAUGCAGAAGCCCGCCUUCGCGGAAAAGGAGGCACCAGUUGUACAGAUGGGGGAGCAGUUUUCCCCCAUACAGAAGUCGGAUCUCACAGCCCUGGUCCGUCAGUUCGAGGAUGUGUUCUGCGAAAGACCAGGACGUACCAAGGUUACCCAACAUGAGAUCCGUACCCCCCCGGAGUUGUGGUCAUCGAGCCGUCCCGCAGCCCAUGGUCUAGCCCCAUCGUCAUGGUUCUAAAACCCGACUGCAGACUGCACCCGACUGUUUCUGCAAUGACUUCCGGAAGCUGAAUGAGGUCUCGACGUUUGACGGAUAUCCUAUGUCUAGGGUAGAUGAGCUUCUUGACCGCCUGGGAAAGGCCCGGUUUAUAUCUACUUUGGAUCUCACAAAAGGAUACUGGCAAGUGCCGCUGUCCCGGAAGGAUAGAGAGAAAACGGCCUUUAGCACACCCUCGGGGCAUUGGCAGUACCGCGUCCUUCUGUUCGGGCUUCAUGGAGCGCCGGCAACGUUCCAGAGGAUGAUGGACGUUGUCCUCCAACCUCAUCAGGAGUAUGCCGCAGCGUACAUUGAUGACGUGGUGAUUCAUUCCGGAAGUUGGGAGGACCAUCUUGACCGGUUACGGAGAGUGCUGCUCGAAUUGAUACGAGUGGGGCUGACUGCGAAUCCCAGAAAAUGUCAUCUGGGACUCGCAGAGGCACAAUACCUGGGGUUCCGGGUGGGACGGGGGGUAAUCCAGCCCCAAGCAAAGAAGGUUGAGGCCGUCCGGAAGGCCCGAGACCCACCAACAAGACCCAGGUACGUGCCUUCUUGGGACUAGCAGGAUACUACAGAUGAUUCAUCCUGAAUUUCUCCUCCUUAGCCAGCCCCUUGACCGAUCUGACCAAGAAGGGGCAACCGGAGAAGUUAAAGUGGAGUUCGGAGACGGAGAAGGCCUUUCAGACGUUAAAGGAGCACCUAACGUCUGCUCCGGUGCUACACGCCUCAGACUUCGGUUGCCCCUUCAUACUCCAGACUGACGCGUCGGACACCGGCCUGGUUGCGGUCCUCUCCCAGAUCAAAGAUGGAGAAGAACACCCGGCGGUCUUCAUCAGCCGAAAGCUCUCCCCAGCGGAGACCCGCUGCGCCACCGUGGAGAAAGAGGCCCUGGCCAUUAAAUGGGCAGUCCUGGAAUUCAGGUGCUAUCUUCUUGAGCGUAGUUUUUCUUUGGUCAACGAUCAUGCUCCACUGCAGUGGAUGUCCAAGGCCAAGGAAACCAACGCCCGGGUGACCAGAUGGUUCCUGGCGCUCCAGGACAUUUUAAAGUGGAACAUCGGGCCGGGGUCUCCCACGGUAACGUGGAUGGUCUGUCGAGGAUGUGGUCAGGUUGGAGAGCUCGGUCAAGGUCACGACCCUCCCCCUGUUCCAACACCGACAUCCUACGAACACACACUCACUCAUUCACUCACGCACUCACACCCUACGGACAAUUUUUCCAGAGAUGCCAAUCAACCUACCAUGCAUGUCUUUGGACCAGGGGAGGAAACCGGAGUACCCGGAGGAAACCCCCGAGGCACGGGGAGAACAUGCAAACUCCACACACACAAGUCGGAGGUGUGAGGCGAACGUGCUAACCACUAAGCCACCGUGCCCCCCUGAAACGUGUCAUAAUUAUUUUAAAUCCCUUACCAUACAUUACCUUACAGCACAGGUAUGUCCACACGUUUGUCCAGAGGUGCCGGUGCACAUGGAGGAGGGCCAGACAGACCCUCCUCCAAGUGGGUGCGCGGACCAAGGCUCAGGCCGAUCGCCACCAGUUGAAACCUCCCGUCUAUGUCGGUGGUUAAACGCUUCGCAGCAGCGCGCCACACACACGUGGGAGACCAAAACAUGGGUAUGGGAAUACUUAAAAUUUAGUCCCAAACGAAAAGGUGUCGUUAUGGUAUACCACGCCACCACAACAACAAUGUUGGAGCAUCUGAAACGGAGGCACCCCAUUGUCACUCGUGAAGGAGACAAUAACAAGUAAGUAAUAAAGUUGGCUAAAUUAAUUACAUGUUCGUGUAGUGUAGCUUGAGCUCUGCGCACUACGGUGGUGCUAGCUAAGUAUCUUAGCUCUCCGUGCAGUUUGUUCGUGCUAGGUAGCUACUGGCGCCUAGACAGCUGUGUUUAGCUAACGUUAGUUAUCAUCUAAUGUUGGCUUGAAUGGAAGCUAGCUAACGGCUGCAGAACACACUUAUCUAUAGUAGCUGAUGUCAGCUAACGUAACGUUAGCUACUAAUCUAGCAUGAACAAACUGCACAGAGAGCUAAGAUACGUUGGUUAAUUGGUUAGCCUAGCACCACCAAAGUCCACAGCUGCUAGAUAGCCACGUUAGUAUACAAAUAAACUAAUCAUAGCAUAGCACUACAAUGAGGUUAAGAGUAGAUUUAAAAUACCCCACAGUCAUAGCUGUUGUUCUAAUAUACAUUGCUUUCGUGUUUUCUAGGACAAAGCAAAGAACCUUGGCGUCCUAUCUUGGGAAAGAGAUGCAAUGGACGCAAAAUGAUGGACUAGAAGAAGACUUCACCUUUGACCCAUAAGUUUGUUCCAGACUGCGGGCUUGUCUUUCCAGAUACAGAUACUCAGCAUAAAGCUGGUUCUCUCUGAUCACUUCCAGCCAAGAUCAGGUGGAGCCUCAACAAACUGCAUCAGGACACUUUCUUUACUGAAAUAACAACUGAUUUUGACACCAGGCCCAGCAAAAGCCGGGUCCUGGAAUGCACCUAUAGAGGCUAUGGAUCGACAUCACUUUACCACGUGAGCACCCCGGAGUGUGCCCUUCUUUGUGGCAAAACACUUAGCAAAAAGACUGCUUACAAUAUCAGGUAACGCAAUUCCACGGAACAUUUAUGUGUCCAAGAAUGCCUGAUUCAUAUUUAAGUUGUAGGGAAGUCAUAAGGAUCACCGUCGAGUCCAGCUGCUUGUAAUUUCAGCAAAUAAUAGCGUGUUUUAGUCCCGUUUCUUUGUUUCUCCUCAGCCAAUUUGCUGGGUGUUUUGCCACCCAGGGGAGCGUGUGCCCAGGAGUGUCCCCACAUGUUCACUUGGGAAAGUGACGUCGAUACAUACCCUCUAUAGAUAGGUUGAAGACCGCCUCCACAAAAGAAUUUCAACGACUACUUCUCAAUUCUCGCCCACUGGAUCGCACAUGACAGUACUGAAGUAACACAAGUUGCGCGGGACCAGUUAGAGCGAGCAAGCAAUAAAAAUGCUGUUAAAGAUCGCAAAAUAUUGUGCAGUCAGUGCCUGGUUGUGGAAGAACACAGUCACUGCAUAACCUUCCUUUGGAUUCCGACAGUAAUGCGUGGUUAAAGUUUGUUUUUAAAGAGGUUCCAGCUCACGUGGGUAAAACAUUGUGCGUUUUUUUUAAUCACUUCACCAUGGACUCUUUUGUGAAAAAGGCCCAGGUCGACGCUGGAUUUGCAGUGAGACUAAAAUUAAAAAGCAGAGCUGUGCCAUCAAUAUUGGAUACCAUAGGAAUGUCGCAGCAAUCUUAUGUGAGUAAAACAGACUUGUACUAUGCGUCACUAUUGCUUUGUUAGUGAUCGCUUGAUAUGCCCUGAUAACCCUAUUAGCAAGGGAUUGGUAUUAUCUGGGGACCUCUACUAAUUUCAAAAAAUUGCAGAGGUUGCAGGUCUGUAAUCUGUAAAGUAAAAGUUCCCCCACAAAUCACUUACCAUAUUUUGAUGAACAUCGAGGUCCUGUUAUAAUAUAUGUCCUGUGCAAAUCGGCAUCACUGUGAUUUGGCUGGCUCAUAUAUCAUUUUUCAAGGUUUUAUCCACCGUUUGCCAAUAAUGGAGGCUGUUUUGAAGUGUUUUGAUGUUAUUUUGGGUGCUGGGUCAUAUCCAUACCUGCCAACACUGUCAUUUUGGCCCGGAGUCUCCCGUUUGUUUAUUUAUCAAGGAAACUCUUGUAACAUUUGAGAACUGUGAUUGCAGUGAUCCACUGUCCGGUUCACAAUUCUAACACAAUUCUAUGGGUCUCAAUUGCUAACAAGUAUGGUCAUAUAUCAUAACACCAUACAACUAUAGGCUAUACAAACUAUACGCAAAGCCUUGCCAUCACACCCGGGAAAAAGUCAUUAAAUUUGAGUAAAAUCGAAGGCUUCAUUUAUCCCAUGCGAACGCGCCAGGUGAAAUACAGAUGGGGGAGGUAAUUUCUAAAUCACACGAGGUCCCCAGAUAAUGCUAAUCCUUUGCAAAUAGGGUGUAACCUAACGUAACGUGUCUAACCUAAUUCACAGAAGGCUCGAACUAAGUUAACCAUGCAAACUGUUAUACAAUCAUUGCAGUGUGCAAUGCAGUGUGCAAAGUCUUCAAUGCCCAUUUAAACCUAGCGUUUUUCGAGCCGGCCUCAAAACCCGGGUAGAAAAUAGCCUAGUACUUAUUGGUUUUGAUGUUUUUGAAUGUAAAAACAACACGAACAUCAUAAGUAGACCUCAUACAACAGUAUAAAACAAUAAAGAAGCCCA